AUGAGCCUUUUUCAAGCUACCAGAGGCUUGCCAAAAAGAGUGGGUGCAAGCUUGGAUCUUCUUGGAACGCGUUUGAGACAGUCAAAUCAUGUUUUUAGGCGAGGUAAACCCAAAGCCUUGUCGACCAUCAUUAUGGCCAUAGUAGGUCUUAUCGCAGUGAUAGCAGUAAUUCAUGGAGUUCAUCGGAUUCACGAUGGAGACAUCUCUAUGGACAUGCUGCUUUAUGAUGAUGAUGGAUACUCGAACGGAAAGAACCAGGGCUCAAACGAAGAAAUAGAUUCAACGUAUUCUGAUGACUACGAAAAUAUCAAUGCAGGCGUGAAUCAGGAGCACUAUGGAAUAGUGAGCAAAGCGGUGGAGGAGACUUUGAAAAGGAUAAUGAAGUUCUCUCCUGACGGUAAACUGGACACUACCAGGAAAAAAGAGUGCGUCAUCGCCGAUGUUUCAAUUACGGACACUGCCCAAUUCCACAAAUUGACUGAAGAAUCCUUAAGCAACUGCGUGCAAAUCUCUGACGAUACGUUGGGCAAGCUGCGCGAGGGUUUUGAAGGUUUUAGAAAAUCCAUUGCGGACGACUUAUUGCCUUUGUUUGAAGACGAAAACGAGUCUGCUUUCCACGGCGAGGGAAUCGUGAUUGUAGGAGGUGGCAAAUACACACUGUUUGCCCUGCCUGCGAUCAAAGCGAUCCGUCAGAAUAGCGGGGUCAAAAUCAAAGACAGCAUCCCAAUCGAAAUCAUCAUUCCUCCACAGGACGAUGCCGACAAAGGAUUUUGCGAAAACAUAUUGCCAGUACUGGAUCCUACUGGGCUCACCAAGUGCGUGUUUCUAGAUAAAGUGCUGAAAAAGGAGUCGUUGCAGCACUUGCAGGGCUAUCAGAUCAAGCCAUUGGCUUUGCUGGUGUCGAGUUUUGAACGAGUUUUGAUGCUGGACUCAGACAACUACGUUGUCAACUCGCUGGAGGGCUACUUCACUAAUCAAAAGUUUGCUGAAAAAGGUUUGGUCCUGUGGCCUGACUACUGGCGUCGUUUGCACCAUCCCAAAAUCUACGAUUUGCUGAAUCUGCAGCUGGAAAGAGACCGUAAAGACCGGAACUCGAUUGACGACGGCACGCCAAGUUACAUGUUUACAGCAGACGCCAAGACCACACCAUUUCACGAUCUAGCCAACACGAUCCCUGAUGGUGGCACAGAAUCAGGCCAAUUGCUGCUUGACAAGAAAAAACACUUGAACACGCUACUCAUGAGUUUGUACUUCAAUUACAACGGACAGUCUUAUUACUAUCCUUUGCUAGGCCAAGGUUUUGCAGGUGAGGGUGACAAGGACACUUUUGUAUUGGCUAGCCGGGUUCUCCACGGUCCCAACUCGUGGCACCAGGUGAAAACGCCAGUUUCUGCAAUAGGCCACUGGACAGACACCAAAGACGAGAUCCGAAUUCCGGACGCAGAGCUCAACAAAGCCGGCGACUCCAAAUCUUUCAGAGGCACUGCAAUGCUCCAGCACGAUUAUAUUGAGGACGCUAGGUGCCAUGCCAUUGCUCGCGAGGUGCUGGGAAACAGCUACCGUGCCAAAGAGGACAAGUUCUGCGACGAAUGGUUCAAAUCCCACAAGGCAGACUUCAGUAACAACGCUGAUGAGCGCCAUAAGCAGUGCCGCGACAGUUCUGAGGUGCGUGAAGCCUACUACGCCGACAUCCGAGACUCCUACAACAUACAAGACUUCCUUGCCUUUUUCAAGUACACUAAAGUCUCGUUCGUCCAUUCCCAUCUGCCCAAAUAUGACCCAUGGGAGUGGUAUCAGUCCGGCGAUAUGAUGUAUGACGGUUCCAAGGCCUACAAGAAUCACCAGAAUGACCCUCAGUACAAACCAGCCGGCUCUGGACACUACCGCAUGUACGGAUCAAAGCUUUCCGAAGUUACCGAUUACGACCUUGAGUUGGCCAAUUGGGAUGCGUUCAAGACUUACUUGUGCGAUAUGAAAGACGGCUACAAGAACUUUGGAUAUUUGUCUGCCAAGAUCGCUGCUAGCAAGACCCCAGUCAAAGAUUACCACGAUAUGUGCACCUACAUCAACGAUCGAGUGACUUAUUUGAAGAGCACUUCCUGGGAUGAUUUGAAUGUGUGA